UCUCCUGCAGUGAUCCGGUCCUCAGAGGGAAUCUCGGUCUCAACGCACCAUAACCUCCACAAGCGGGUAGGAUCAGACGUGACACUGUAUUGUGGCUUCUGGUCGAGCGAGUAUGUGUCAGAUCUCACCACCCUCUCCUGGCGCUUCCGUCCGGAUAACUCCCGGGACAUCAUCUCGAUCUUUCAUUACGGAAAUGGAGUCCCUUAUAUUGAGAAAUGGGGUCAGUUCCGCAACCGGGUUGAAUGGGUCGGGGAUAUCUCCAAACAGGACGGCUCCAUAGUGAUCCGCAAUCUCGAUUAUAUCGACAAUGGAACCUUCACCUGUGAUGUCAAAAACCCCCCAGAUGUUGUGGGCACUUCCUCUGAUGUUCACCUCACUGUUUACGACAGGAUUCCCCCUGUUGGUGCUGGAGUAGUCUCAGGAGCAAUCAUUGGUACCUUCCUGGGCAUCAUUCUGCUGGUUGUCGGUGGAUUGUAUCUGUUCCGAUACAUCGUCAGGAGGCGGGCUAGGAGUGAGACCAUUUUCUUCAAAGGAGCCAGAUCAUCGCUGGAGAUUCUGUCAGUUGCACCAAGAAUCCUUCAAACAGCGAGACAGGGUCCUGUGCUGUACGCCACCCUGGACCAGAGCAAGAGUGGGAAAGGAGGCAGCGACAAGAAAACUAAACUCUCCGAGUCCAAACGGGACAAGAAAUAGCGGUCAGCCUUACCGCGGGCACCCCGGGCAGCGAGCGGGGGCACUGCCGGUGCUCCGCGGGUCCUCAUGACCAUUGAGAUGACACUGACUGAUUCCGACACUGGCAGCGACACAGAGCCAAAGGAACCCCCAAGCGGCCAGGGCAACGCCAAGCGGAAGAAGGGCUCCAACGCCAAGUGACCCACGGUGUCCAGCCGUUCUGUUCUUCCUUCCCUCGCUCUGCCGCCAAAACCGCCCCUCCCCCCUCCCAACACUUCCCCCCGCCACACACAGGCAUGACCCCUCCCCCCC